CCGUGCAGUGCGCCGGCUGUCCGGGAGAUGGCUUCUCCCCUCUCGCCCGCUGCUCCGGCUUUUGUCUCGCCCGGGGUUGCCUGACUGCCAGCUCGCGCACACUCUCGGCCGAGAGCACUCCCCGCUCCAGGUUGGUCCUUGCGCCCUUAGCUGCCGGGGACCCCAGAGCCGGCGCGAGGCGGGAGAGGCGAGCCGAACGGGAAGAGGCGGCGUGCGGCCGGCCACCCCACAUCGCGCUGGUGCAAAGGACGCCCGGAGCUGCAGAGCGAGCCGGGGAGGCGCCGAGCCCCGGCAGCCCACGUCGCCGAGUCCAGGACCCGUCGGGUGUUGCAGCAAAGCCGGCAGCGAGCACAGGUAUCCAGACACCAUGCUUCAGCCCUCCAGUCCUGACAUUGGUAGGAAGUAGAAAGCUUCCUUCUGUUGCGUGCCCCCGUCCUCACCAUGUCUUCGACUCAGGACAAUGGGGAGCACUGGAAGUCCCUGGAGUCAGUGGGGAUCAGCCGCAAAGAACUGGCCAUGGCAGAAGCCCUGCAGAUGGAGUAUGAUGCUCUGUCCCGUCUCCGGCAUGAUAAGGAGGAGAGCAGGGCUAAGCAGAACCUGGAACCCUCUCUUAUCAGCUGGGAUGAGCCUGUCUCAGACCUCUACCACAAGCCCGCAGCAAGGCGGGGUGACCUCAAGCUGUUACGUGGUCUCUCUGGCUCUGAUCCUACCCUCAAUUACAACUCGCUCUCCCCACAGGAAGAGCCGCCCAACCACUCUACCUCCCUGGGCCCCGAACCUGGCCCAGAUCCCUGGCCCAAAGGCUCACUGUCUGGAGACUAUCUCUACAUUUUUGAUGGUUCCGAUAGGGACCUCUCUUUGUCCCCAGGACCAGGGAAUGUAGAUGACUCUUGCAAGAAACUGUCCCCACCUCCUUUGCCUCCCCGAGUCUCUAUCUGGGAUACCCCUCCCCUGCCUCCCAGAAAGGGGUCCCCCUCAUCCUCCAAAAUCUCUCAGCCCAAUGACAUCAACACUUUUUCUUUGGUGGAACAACCCCCUAACAAACUGUUGGGGCACCGGAUCCUGGAAGAGGAAGAGUUGCCAGGAAAUGGGGGGCAGGGGCGCCUGCUGGGGUCUGUGGAUUAUGAUGGUAUCAAUGACGCAAUUACAAGGCUCAACUUGAAGUCAACCUAUGAUGCGGAGAUGUUGCGGGAUGCCACUCGGGACUGGAAGGAAGGCCGAGGGCCCCUGGAUUUCAGCAAGGACACCCCUGGAAAACCUGUGGCUCGGAGCAAGACCAUGCCCCCUCAGGUGCCUCCCCGAACCUAUGCCUCCCGCUAUGCCAACCGGAAGAAUGCGACACCAGGCAAGAACCGCCGGAUUUCUGCUGCUCCGGUGGUCUCCCGGCACCACACUGUUGCCAACGGCCACGAGUUGUUUGAAGUCUCAGAGGAGAGAGACGAGGAAGUUGCCGCAUUUUGCCACAUGUUGGAUAUCCUUCGAUCUGGCUCUGAUAUCCAAGACUACUCCCUCACCGGAUAUGUCUGGAGCGCUGUAACCCCAAGCCCAGAACACCUUGGGGAUGAGGUCAACCUGAAGGUGACAGUGUUGUGUGACAGCCUUCGGGAGCCACUCACUUUCACCUGCAACUGCUCCUCCACAGUAGACUUGCUCAUCUACCAGACCUUGUGUUACACCCACGAUGAACUGAGGGAAGUGGACGUGGGGGACUUUGUACUAAAGCCCUGUGGGCUGGAGGAGUUCCUUCAGAACAAACAUGCUUUGGGCAGCCACGAGUACAUCCAGUACUGCCGCAAGUUUGAUGUUGACAUCCGGCUACAACUCAUGGAACGGAAGGCCGUGCGCAGUGACCUGGCCAGGACGGUGAAUGAUGACCAGAGCCCCUCCACCUUGAACUACCUCAUCCAUCUACAAGAGAGGCCAGUCAAGCAGACCAUCAGCAGGCAGGCCCUGAGUCUUCUGUUUGACACUUACCACAAUGAGGUGGAUGCCUUCCUGCUGGCUGAUGGGGACUUCCCGCUGAAGGCCGACAGGGUGGUCCAGUCUGUCAAGGCCAUCUGCAAUGCCCUGGCUGCUGUGGAAACCCCUGAGAUCACCAGCGCUCUCAACCAGCUGCCCCCCUGUGCCUCCCGCAUGCAGCCCAAAAUCCAGAAGGAUCCCAGCAUCUUGGCAGUGAGGGAAAACCGAGAGAAGGUCGUGGAGGCCCUGACUGCGGCCAUCUUGGACCUUGUGGAGCUGUACUGCAAUACCUUCAACGCAGACUUCCAGACCGCAGUGCCUGGGAGCCGCAAGCAUGAUCUAGUCCAGGAGGCCUGCCAUUUCUCUGGGGCCCUAGCCUUCACUGUCUAUGCCACCCACCGUAUCCCCAUCACCUGGGCUACCAGCUAUGAAGAUUUCUACCUCUCCUGCUCCCUCAGCCAUGGCGGCAAGGAGCUGUGCAGCCCGCUGCAGACCCGAAGAGCCCACUUCUCCAAGUAUCUCUUCCACCUAAUCAUCUGGGACCAGCAGAUCUGCUUCCCAGUGCAGGUGAACCGGCUGCCUCGGGAGACCCUACUGUGUGCCACUCUCUAUGCUCUGCCCAUCCCCCAACCUGGGAGCUCCUCAGAGGCCAAUAAGCAGCGACGGGUACCUGAGGCGCUGGGCUGGGUCACUACCCCACUCUUCAAUUUCAGGCAAGUCCUGACCUGUGGCCGGAAGCUUCUGGGCUUGUGGCCAGCAACACAGGAAAACCCCAGUGCCCGCUGGAGUGCACCUAAUUUCCACCAGCCAGACAGUGUCAUCCUCCAGAUUGACUUCCCCACCUCAGCCUUUGACAUCAAAUUCACCAGCCCCACUGGAGACAAGUUCAGCCCCCGCUAUGAGUUUGGCAGUCUCCGAGAAGAAGACCAACGCAGGCUUAAGGACAUCAUGCAGAAGGAAUCCCUGCACUGGCUCACUGAUGCUGACAAGAAGCGCCUGUGGGAGAAGCGAUAUUACUGCCACUCGGAAGUGAGCUCGCUGCCCCUGGUGCUCGCCAGUGCCCCCAGCUGGGAGUGGGCUUGCCUGCCCGACAUCUAUGCGCUCCUGAAACAGUGGACCCACAUGAACCACCAGGAUGCCCUGGGGCUCCUGCAUGCCACCUUCCCGGAUCAGGAGGUGCGCCGGAUGGCCGUCCAGUGGAUUGGCUCACUCUCAGAUGCUGAGCUGCUUGACUAUCUGCCACAGCUGGUGCAGGCCCUGAAGUAUGAGUGCUACCUGGACAGCCCUCUGGUGCGCUUCCUCCUGAAACGAGCUGUCUCUGACCUGAGAGUGACUCACUACUUCUUCUGGUUGCUGAAGGACGGCCUCAAGGACUCUCAGUUCAGCAUCCGAUACCAGUAUCUGCUGGCAGCGCUGUUGUGCUGCUGUGGCAAGGGACUGAGGGAGGAGUUUAACCGUCAGUGCUGGCUUGUCAACGCCCUGGCCAAGCUGGCCCAGCAGGUCCGGGAGGCCGCCCCAUCUGCUAGGCAGGGAGUCCUCCGCACCGGCCUGGAGGAGGUGAAGCAGUUCUUUGCCCUCAAUGGCUCAUGCCGCCUGCCACUCAGCCCCAGUCUGCUGGUGAAGGGAAUCGUGCCCAGAGACUGUUCCUACUUCAACUCCAAUGCAGUCCCCCUCAAGCUUGCCUUCCAGAAUGUGGAUCCACUGGGAGAGAACAUCCGGGUCAUCUUCAAGUGUGGGGAUGACCUUCGCCAGGACAUGCUCACCCUGCAGAUGAUUCGCAUCAUGAGCAAGAUCUGGGUCCAGGAGGGGCUGGACAUGCGCAUGGUCAUCUUCCGUUGCUUCUCCACUGGCCGAGGGAGAGGCAUGGUAGAGAUGAUUCCUAAUGCCGAGACUCUACGCAAGAUCCAGGUGGAACAUGGGGUGACCGGCUCCUUUAAGGACCGGCCCUUGGCAGACUGGCUGCAGAAACACAAUCCUGGAGAGGAUGAGUAUGAGAAGGCUGUGGAGAACUUCAUCUACUCCUGUGCUGGCUGCUGUGUGGCCACAUAUGUCUUGGGCAUCUGUGACCGACAUAAUGACAACAUCAUGCUGAAGACCACUGGUCACAUGUUCCACAUAGAUUUUGGCCGCUUCCUGGGCCACGCCCAGAUGUUUGGCAACAUCAAGCGGGACCGUGCCCCUUUUGUCUUCACCUCGGACAUGGCGUAUGUCAUCAACGGGGGUGACAAGCCUUCCAGCCGCUUCCAUGAUUUUGUUGACCUUUGCUGCCAAGCCUACAACCUCAUUCGCAAGCACACCCACCUCUUCCUCAACCUUCUGGGCCUGAUGCUGUCCUGUGGGAUCCCCGAGCUCUCAGACCUGGAGGACCUCAAGUAUGUGUAUGAUGCCCUGAGGCCUCAGGACACAGAGGCCAAUGCUACCACCUACUUCACUAGGUUGAUUGAGUCCAGCUUGGGCAGUGUAGCCACAAAGCUCAAUUUUUUCAUCCAUAACCUGGCUCAGAUGAAGUUCACGGGCUCAGAUGACCGGCUGACCCUUUCCUUUGCCCCCCGAACGCACACUCUAAAGAGCUCUGGCCGCAUCAGUGAUGUUUUUCUCUGCCGGCAUGAGAAGAUCUUCCACCCCAACAAGGGCUAUAUAUACGUGGUAAAGGUGAUGCGGGAAAAUGCCCACGAAGCCACUUACAUCCAGCGGACGUUUGAGGAGUUCCAGGAACUACACAAUAAGCUUCGGCUGCUCUUCCCUUCUUCCCUCUUGCCCAGCUUCCCGAGUCGCUUCGUGAUUGGCCGGUCCCGUGGAGAGGCGGUGGCAGAGCGAAGGAAGGAAGAGUUAAAUGGCUACAUCUGGCACUUGAUCCAUGCAGUCCCUGAGGUGGCCGAGUGUGAUCUGGUGUACACCUUCUUCCACCCCCUACCCCGGGAUGAGAAGGCUGCAGGCACCAGCCCAGCCCCUAAGUCCUCAGAUGGCACAUGGGCCCGGACUGUCGGGAAGGUGGGAGGGGAGGUGAAGCUGUCCAUUUCCUACAAAAACAACAAGCUCUUCAUCAUGGUGAUGCACAUUCGAGGCUUGCAACAGCUUCAGGAUGGGAACGACCCUGACCCCUAUGUGAAGAUUUACCUCCUUCCUGACCCCCAGAAAACCACUAAAAGGAAAACCAAAGUGGCCCGGAAAACCUGCAACCCUACCUACAAUGAGAUGUUGGUGUACGAUGGGAUUCCCAAGGGAGACCUGCGGCAGCGGGAGCUCCAGCUGAGCGUGCUAAGUGAGCAAGGAUUCUGGGAGAACGUCCUCCUCGGGGAGGUGCACAUCCGCCUGCGGGAGCUGGACCUGGCCCAGGAGAAGACUGGCUGGUUCGCGCUGGGGUCUCGGGGCCAUGGGACCUUGUGAGCCCAUGGGAGCCACAGCCCGGGACCUCCAGCUGGUGACUGGACCUGGGGCAGUGGACUCUCCCCUGCUCUGCCGUUUAACUCGGGGAAGGGGCGGCGUUCUUAGUGGGCCUCCUCCUCCGUCCAGGUGGACCUGGCCUCCAUGAGAAGAGGCAGGGAGAGUCGGGUGCUCUCUGCCAGCCCUUCCUCUGCGGACUGAGCUAGAGUUGCUGGUUUGUGCUGAGCGGCCCCUUGGAAGCUGAGAGGCUGCAGCAGAGUUUUAAGUUUACCUUGUGUCAAGGGAGCAAUGCCUGGUUUGGGGUGUGUGUGGGGUGGGCCGGACGAGGUAGCAUUUGAGGGGAGGGUGGGUGGAUAUCUUUAUUUUUAUUUUUAAAAAAUGAAAUAGUAAUGUUGUCCUAACUGGGACAGGAAGCUUUUUGCGAGAAGGGACGUACAUAUGCCUCAGAAGGCAAGAGGGCAAGACUCUUUGGACUUUUGUAUGGUUAAGGUUCUUAUUGGACUUUUCCCUAGGAUUUUUGUUUUUGUUUUUGUUUUUUUCUAGCUAUAGGAAUUAUUUGAGGAGGGGCCCAGUGGGUCUCGGUCAAUGCCUCCCCCUGUCUGAGGGCAGGUUGGAGAGGGACAGGGAGGGUGGUCUGUGCUGGACCGAGGCCUGCACCACUGGGCUGUUCUGAUUUUGCCUCCAAAGGAGAGCGACGCGAUACCUACAUGUGUAAGGAAGGGCCUUCCAUGUCGGGCUCCUGCCAAGGACCUGUAUUCAGGGACCCAUGCUCUGUAGGGGGAGGGGGUUUUCCCCAUCUCCCCUUCUCUGUUAGGACUCAGCCUGAAUACUGUCCCUCCCCCCGCCCCUCUAGCCCUCUUGGCCCUGCAGUGGGCCCUAUAGUCCCUGUGAAUACGCUGGGGGCACUUCCCCAUAGGUUUCUCCCCUUUUCCUAGUGGGGCAGAAUGGUGGGACACCCAAGGGUGCCCUGGCCCCAGGCGGAGGCCUCUAGGUGGCAGGUGCCAGGGCUGCUGCCUGCUGCUUAGUUUCUGAGGGCAUCCCCCCGUUUCCCCCCACUUCUUCCAGCCGAGCUGCUUCUCUUCCCAAAUUCAUUUCUGUCACAUGUUUUCUAAGAAUUUCCCUCCCUCUGUGGGGCCAUCAACCUACGUAGUCUGGAGCCAAAGGGAUGCCCACUCUGAAGCAAAGCAUCACGGGGCAAGGGAUUCCGCCCACCCCCUUAUUAUUCCCAGCGAUUGGUCAGGAGGCUCAAUGGGAGCCGUGGUUGUCACGCUGGAGCUGAGCUCAGGGGCUGGGAGGGAGGGACCUGGGGCUCUUACCUCUCUAUACUCUUUAUUCCCUAACAGAUGGAUUUUAAAAUUCACUGUUGCGUUCCUCCCCCAAGGGUUGUCUUCCUUCAGAAAGAGAAAAGAGGGAGAGACUCUGGAUAUGAUAUUAAAUUUUUAAACCACACUUGGCUGGAUCUGCCCCAUGAGUGGGGAAAGGAGUGAAGAGGACAUUCUGCAAACUGUCCCCUACCAGCCUCCUCCCCAACUCCAAGGGUCAGAAAUUCCCUUUUUUUCUGACUCUUUCCAUUGCCAAGAAAGAAGCUCCAUUCAUUGAAGCCACAGAACAGCAAGGAAGUUUCAAUCUUUGUCUUACAUUUUAAAAGCCAGGGAUAAGCUGGCUGCAGAGGAGACAGGCUGGGGGAGAGGGAAUCGGCAGAACUAUUCCAGAUGUAUGGACCAUAAAUGUUACUGGCUUUUUGCCCGUAGCACAUUUUGACUCUACACUCCUGAUGUAAAGAGGUCUGUGUACUGUACCCACUUCCCAAACCCCUUGUAUCUUCUACUUUCUCUGGAAUUGUAUUUUCUAAUAAAUGACAUUUGAGAAAAACGAAA